AUGGUUCCACCCCCCGCCCUCCCUUUCGCCGGCCCACAUCCUUCACCAGGCCCGUCUCGAUCGACGCCUUCCCUCCGCGCCCCCGGCCUCCGCUCACACACUCCCACCCUAAUCCCCUCCUCUUCGCUCAGUCCCCCCGCGCUCUCACCCGGGACACAUCCUACAGCACCCCCCGCCAACGAGCCCUCCGUUAGUCCCAACGCUCGCCCCCGCAAGCGCCGCCGCCGGCAGAUCCCACACUUGCCGGGGCCUAACGCCGGCGCGGGCCCCAGCACCGUAGGUCGUCCAUUAGACUUGCGCUCGCGCGACCACAACCACAACCACGACGACGACGACCCCACGCGCUUUGAAAAGGAGCUGCUCGCAGAGCUCACAUGCGAGAUCUGCUUCACGCUGCUCUACCAGCCCGUCACCACGCCUUGCCAACAUGAAUUCCCAGAGACGUACACGGAACGCGGGAGGUUGGUCGAGGAGGAGGAACGCGACGCGCGCCUCGAUACGCCCAUUUUCAUCGGGCAGCUCUCCUUCCCCGGCAUGCCUACCGUGCUGCACUUCUUCGAACCUCGGCAAGUCUACCGUCUGAUGCUUCGUCGAUGCCUCGAGUCGCCGACGCCGCGCUUCGGGAUGAUCAUGCCUCCCCGUGCCGGGGUAGGAAGCGCAGGCGCGGCCGGGAACGACUUUGGCACCAUGCUCGAGAUCAGGAGCGUCAGGAUGCUCCCGGACGGGCGAAGCGUGAUCGAGACCUGGGGUUCGCACCGGUUCAGGGUCAUGGAGCGCGGCACGCUCGACGGGUACAUGGUCGGCAGGAUCGAGCGGAUAGACGACUUUCCGGAGGAGCUCGAGGACACGGACGAGAGCUUGACCGCGGCGCUGCAUCCCUCUCAACCGAUGCCCUCGAUCGUCGCCUCGCCCGUCAGCACCUCAGCGCCCCAAGCCACGUCCUCGCGCGCAUCUUCCCCCUUUCCGUCGACCUCUGCGCCCGCACUCGCCGCCGCCGCCGCCGCCUCCACCGCCGCGAGCCGCGUGCCGUUACCCGCGCGCCCGCGGCCGCCGCCGCUCGUGCCGAGCAACGAAACGCUGAUGAUGUUCUGCCGGAGCUUCGUCGAGCAGCUCCAGCGCGGCGCGGCGCCGUGGGUCGUGCAGCGGCUGAACCACACGUACGGGCCGAUGCCGGCGGACCCGCGCAGCUUCUGCUUCUGGAUGGCGCUGGUGCUCCCGAUCAACGAGGUCGAGAAGUCGAAACUGCUGCCGAUCAAGUCGCCGCGCCUGCGCCUGCGCCUGGUCGUGUACUGGAUCGAGCAGCUCAAGAGCAACUGGUGCGCGGCCGCCCUUGUGCUUCCCCUCUUUACGCGGUG